UAACCUAGUACCAGUACACAGAGCAGCGCUGCAAGUGUUUGUUAGAAUGUUUAGGGUAAGCAUUAACUUUCUUUCAAUGUAGGUGCAUGUUGAGGGUCAGUCAGUCAGGUUCAGCUCCUGUGAGUGCCCGAUUGGCAAUGAUAAGUGCCAUCAUAUGGCGGCAUUGUUGAUUUGGGUGGAGAAGAAUGUAUCUCGCACUGACGUGGAAUGUGUGUGGAAGAGGGUAAAAUCAUCCAAAGCAGAAGAAAUUACUGCCAAGAGAGUGUCUGUGAUGACACCAUCAACAACACAAGCUGGAAUCAAAAGACCUGUCACCCAGGAGGACAAGGAAUGGGCAGCGGCAUCCCUAUCGAAAUUUCAGCGUUUUACUGGGAUGGGGUGGAUUUUGAGUCCUGAAUACUCCCAGACUAAACCAGCCAAGACAUUUGAUGGAGUGCUGAGGAACCUGGGAUUUCCCCAAGCAGAAGACAAGGCUCGUUAUCUCUUGGCAUCACUGGCUGUGUCUGACGAAGAGAAGAAACAGAUCGAGGAAGCAACAGUUGGGCAAACGAAGAAUGCAUUGUGGUCAGCAUAUCGCAAGAAGAGAAUCACAGCCAGCAACUUCGGUUUGGUCCUGAGUGCAGUCCAGCGACGCUCAUACCCCCCUUCCUUAUUUAAGACUCUGCUUGGACAGUACAACCUGACAGAAGGAUCUAAAGCAUGUGAUUGGGGGAUCCUUCAUGAGCCAAAGGCCAAGCAGCUGUACACUGACUGUACUGGUGCAGCUAUCAAGGAGAGGGGACUGUUUUUAUCUAACAGCGGCCUGCUUGGUGGUUCUCCAGAUGGGACUGUCUCUAACGAGUGCAUCAUUGAGGUGAAAUGCCCAUGGUCAGCCAGAACCAAAACUGUAUUGGAGGCUUCAGAAAGUAAGGACUUUUUCCUACAGCUGGAUGAGGCAAGUGGUUCCCUGGUAUUAAAAAAGAAUCACAACUACUGGCAUCAGAUCCAGGGCAACCUCUAUCUCACAGGUGCGAAAAGCUGUCACUUUGUUGUUUGGACUCCAUGUGACUUUUUCAUCUUGCAUGUGGAUAGAGAACAAACUUGGGCUGUUAACAUUGAAGCUUUGGAAACGUUCUACCGGGAAGUUUUUCUGCCCCAUAUUUUAUCGCAGCUUUGAAUUCAUAUCAGCAUGAGUAAUUUAUCAGUCCAUAUGUUUAUAGUUAAUUUUAAAACUAUUUGUAAAUAUUUGUAAAUUGUACAUUUUUUGUCAUUGUAACUUUGUAAAUAUAUUCAGAUAAAUUCUUAAAUUAUAUUAAUUUCUGAUUUGAAAAACUAAAAUGUUUUGGACAAACUGUUCCU